AUGGUGGCGUCUAUAGUCGACUGCUCCUUUUCGCCCACGCAUAGAUGGCCAUGUAGUUCGUGUCACGAAGCAAGCUCGCAAGUACACUGCUGUGCGCGCCGUUCCCCUCUCUGACCCUCCUCCAACCCGCGUCGAAGCCUCCAAAUCCCAACGGCAUCAUCCAUGAUUAGCCAAACCACAUCAUGUCGCUUCUCUGCGUUACUGUAAGGGGAGCCAGGUUCACAGGGACGACUGGGCAGUUCAACAGCUAUGUGAACCUCAAGCUGCAAAAUGUCAAGUCCACCACUGUAGCAGUGAAAGGCAGCAACCCAAGCUGGGAGCAGGAUUUCAUAUUUGAGACCAACAGGAUGGAUACCGGCUUGGUGAUUGAGGUCUGGAACAAGGGGAUGCUUUGGGACAAACUGAUUGGAUGCCAGUGGCUUCCGCUUAUGGGCAUCCAAUAUGCAACUGAGGUAGGGGAGGGGAAAUGGCUUUCCCUUGAUUCGGAGCUCAUACUAGCUGAUGGUGAAGUGCGUGGAACAAAGAACCCCACUGGGCACAGCAUCUUGAUUGAAGCACACUUUGAACUUCCCUAUGAUCUCCAAGAUGACACACCUGAGUUGCAGGAGAAGCUGGAAAUGCUCAAUAGCAUCAUGGACCAGGAGGUGACUUCAUAUCGGGAACAGCAGAAGAGACCACUUCAUACGUUAAACUCGGGUGUCUCGGAGGACAGUGACUACACAAGUGAUGUGGGCUACCCAGUGUCUGCACAGCAGUCCCAACAGCAACACCCAAGUGCCUCGAUGCACCAUGCCAACAGCUCAGCAUCGCAAUAUGGGGCCCAGAAUUUGGCCCGCGGAGGAACCUCACAGCUGCCCACCACGUAUGCCGACUCCAGUGCCGACUGCUACCAGGAGCCCCUCUACUACAACAGCCGCCCCCCACAGAGGACCAGGGAUUAUGAUAGAGAGCCAUCUAGGAAGGAAAGUCGACGCAGCUAUGAUGACUCUCCUCACAGCUCAGUACGCUACGAUGACCGUGAAGAUGGCCGGCGUCGCCAAGGCUGGGUUGCUGGGCCUGAAUCUCCUGCCUAUCCCAAGCGGCACCUGGCCCAGCGGCCAAGCUUGGAGCGCCAGGCCAGCUUUGAGAGGCACGGCUACGACGAACCUUACGACUAUCCAGGCACGCCUCAAGAGAAAGGCUACUCAGUGCGGCAAGACAGCUAUGAAAGCUAUCGUGAAUGCUCCCCUCCCAUGUCGCAUGUUGGUGACUGGAAUUAUCCGCAGGAAGACCGCUACUAUCCGCAUGACUAUAACCAAGAAGACAAUUGCUGGACUGAAGAGCGUACGACCCCACGUCGUGACCUUCCUCGCCAACCUAAACCCGAUGCAAGAGCUGACAGGCGAACCUAUGGUGGCUAUGACCGAGCUGGCUACUUCAGUGGUGCAGAUCGGACUGAACCCUAUGCACCAUUCUCACCCGUUGAUCGACCUUCUGCCAUACCAGAGUUUUCUCCAACCCACGAUGACGAUGAUGCUGCCACAUACAUAGAAUACCCGGAUGGGCAAAUGGUGGUCGAAUACCCAGAUGGCAAGGUGGUAGAGUAUGCAACAGAUUCUGUGGUGCCACGGAAGGAUGCUUAUGGAGACAGUGUCCCCGCAGAUGUUGAGUACAGCACCAGUCGUGCUCUUGGAAAGCCUCUACCAGAGCCUGAGCCUCCACCUGUUUUGGUGGAUGAGCCAUCAGCUCGGCGACCAAGCUUUUAUGGUGCGAGUGAACCUGAGCGUAGUUUCGAACCAUCAAGCCCAGUAGUCAAAUCAUCAACAUUGACUGUCGAGAAGGAAACGAGAAGAAGGAGCUUCAAUGAGCCUUCAAAGCAGUUGACACCUGUCUAUGAAUCCUCAAGUCCACGAAGCGAGAAUGAAGCUGGAACUGAAAGAGGAGGAGGAGGAGGAGGAGGAGGAGGAGGAGGAGGAGGAGGAGGAGGAACAGGGGGAGGUUCAUUUAGAAGACGACCAUUUUAUGAGACUAGUGAGCCUGCGACACCAUCCUUCGAACCGAGAAGCGAACCCGCGAAGCGGAAUGGGUUGGUGCCGCACAUAGAGGAACCACCAUCUCUGCUCACACCUGAUGCUGUGGCCCCUGCAGCCGAACCGAUUCCGGAGAAGAAGACUGGCAUUUCUGUUACAUUCCACGAAGAGAGCAACCGGAUCUACCCUGGUCCAUCCGAAGAAAUUGUGGUGGAACCGUCUGAACCGGAACCGGCUGCAGCUAAAGCCACUUCACUGACCGCUUCACUGCUUGGCGAUGAUGAAAGGCCUCCCUUGGUUGCAGUGACGGCAGAGCCUGGCAUGUCGAAGGCAAAAUUGCACUGGCUCUCGGCAUUCAACCGUAUCGUCACUCAACUGAACGAGUUAUUCCCGUGCCCGUGUUACGUACUGCACCUGGGUAUUAUGGGGACGAGGCGCAAGUGCUCCUGGAGCUUUCCUCGAGCUGAACGAAAGGAACGUGAAAGGCAGCUGAAGCUGAGGUCACGAAAGGCUUGGCCGAGUCUAGCUGCAGCUCGUGGUGGGCCGUUCAGAAGAGUGGGGCACGCUUCGACUGCUUUUUUCUUUUUUUUUUUUUUUCCGCAUGUGUCCGUGGAACCUCUUCGCUUCCGCCGAGGAGGCUGUAAGUGCGAGACGCUGAAUUAUAUUUUUUUCAUUCGAUUUUUGUUUUUGUUUGAACUAAGUUUGCAGCUGCUAUAAAACGAAGACGCGGACCUGUGCACGGAUCAGUCCAGUUACUGUGAGCACCCGACCAUUUUUCAACUCUCGUACCGUCCCGACAGGGACGAGAGCAGCAAGAAUAGCUCUGUGCGUAGCUUGCCCGCACAAAAGUCGAAAGGAGCUUCGUCCGAAGCAAUGGCAGCACGGACUCGCAAAAGUAAUCGUGCCUUGUUAUCGCACAACUUUCGCUGCUAACGCACUGCAGAGUGAUCAGUUAGAGAGCGUUCACGAACGCCCCUUGCACAUGGCAUCAUUUACGCUAACACUUAAUUAAAGGGUCGCUCGA